AUGUUAUUCCUGGUCCGAUUUAACCUUGAUCAAGUACAGCACGAGACUAAUGCAUUUAAGACCACUUUUGUCAAUGUUAAAUGCAGUAGUAGCAAGUUUCUUGAAGAACCCAACAAUGUAGAAAUUGAACCAGAGCAGAAGUUUUAUGUCAACCUUGCUGUAUAUAACCAAAGCAAGCAUACCGAGACUUUACCUGUUGGUGUGAUUGCUGACAUCACACCAAUGACUGAUGAACAUCAAGCUGACUUCUCAAAAGCAGCAUCCGAAACAGCCUCAGAUAUGGCUUGUGAAGCUGUUGAACAACUUGAGCAAGUACAAUUACAUCAAAACCUUUACCGUAAAGUUCAACACAAGCAAGCAAAAGUUUGUCAUCAUACUUUACCCCAUCCAUUUCAAAGUUUUAACCCACUCCAUGGAGUUAAUGGAGUUAGCGGAGUUAAAUAUGUCGAACACAGUAUUGAGACUGGUGAUGCUAAACCCCAAUACUCGACACCAUAUUCCCACUCUCCUGUUCAACGACAGCUUAUCAAAUGA